AUGUCCUUGAGAGCCUUAGCCAUGAAAAUCAUCUUCCUGUCCCAGACUGCACUGGGAAUCCUGGGGAACUCUGCCUGCCUGUGCCACUUCAUCCUCACUGACUUCACACGGAGCAGGGCGAAGCCCACAGACCUGAUUGCCAAACAUCUGACCUGGGCCAACCUCAUGGUUUUUCUCUUUAAAGGAGUCCCUCACACAAUGGCUACUUUUGGUCAUGUUCAUUUUCUAGAUGAUAUUUCAUGUAAACUUGUCUUUUAUUUUCAUCGAGUGGCCAGAGGAGUAUCCCUUAGCUCAACAGCACUCUUGAGUGUCACUGAGGCCAUCAUAAUCAGCCACAGUACUCCCUUGUGGGUACAGCUCAAGAAUAAAGUCGACAAGAUCGUUAGAUCAUCCCUGGUCCUGUGCUGGGCCUUACACAUUCUGGUAAAUAUCUUCAUUUUCAUGAGGGUGACUGAUGUGCGGCACACAGCAAAUCUUACUGGGUUUAGAGAUUUUGUAUACUGUGCCAUUUCAGAUGCCCACAGUCUAAGCAACACAGUAUGUGCAGUUGUGGUGGUCUCCAUUGAUGUCACGUGUGUGGGACUCAUGAUGUGGACCAGUGGCUCCAUGGUGCUUAUGCUACUGAAGCACAGGCAGAGGGUCCAACACCUUCACAGCUCCCUGUCUGUUCGGUCAUCCCCUGAGACCAGAGCCACCCAGAGCGUCCUUGCCCUAGUGAGCAGCUUUGUGCUCUUUUAUGUAACCUCUGCCAUCUUAUCUGUGUGUUUUCCUUUCUUUGACUCAACCACUAUGUGGCUGGUCAAUGCUAAUGUAGCCAUGUCUGCAUGCUUCCCAGCCUUGUGUCCCUUCCUGCUCCUCAACCAGUACAGCAGUGCUUCCAGGCUCUGCAUCACUAAGUCACAUAAGACAGGACUGUAG